AUUUAUGGACGGCCCCAAAGGUUGAGCUCGGACGACAGUUUGGAUGGGCGACCGAGGCCGCCACCGUGAACAUGCCAGCAGGUACCGCCACAUUCCUCGAGGCCACUGAAAGUCAUCAACCCCUGCAGGGGCUUGCAGCGAUUGUUCUGGUUUGGUGGUGGGGUUUGUGACCCUGAAGCCCAGAGACGAGUCGACGCAGCAGAGGUUUUAUUUUCGUUCGUCAAAAAGCCGUGUGACAGACACACAAGGCUCCUCGCAACUGCUCCCACUUUGUAGCCUCCUGCUGUCCGUCGCCUCUCCCCCGUCCCCACCAAAAGUUAUUUAGCGAUUUUUCUCAAUUCAAGAAAUGUUUUUAACUCGCAUCAAUUACACUCUUCGAUAGCGCCGUUGGUUGCUGGCCGCUUGGCGGAUUUGGGCAAACUGCCGCCUGUGUUGAGCAUUCCACGAUUAAAAUAGAACUUUAAAAAAAAACACUCCCAACACACUCGCAAGCGGAGAGGCGUAUCCGUGAGUGCCAUCAUCAGGGGAAACCGCGAGCAUCCGACGGCACCGCGAACUGCGGCGAUGGAGGCUCUCUGCGUUGGGCGACCCGUGCCAGAACAUCUCAGCCGGGUGCCAUGAUCGGACCUCUCCGCCCCUCGCUGACGCUCCUCUUCGGCGUGAACGUCGGCUUCGGCCUGACCUACAUCUUCCUGCUGGCCACGUCGAACCUCGACGUGGCCGUGACUCCCCGUGAGCCGGCGCGACGCGACGCUCUGCGGGAGCUCCGCGCGCGCGUCCGCGUCCUCUGCUGGGUCGUGACCUGCCCCCAGAACGUCGAGAGCAGGGCGCGACAUCAGCGCGACACUUGGACCCGCGCCUGCGACCGCGUGCUCUUCCUGAGCUCCGUCGACGACGCGGAGUUCCCCGCCGUGGGGCUCGGCACCGAGGAAGGGCGCCAGCACCUCUACUGGAAGACGACCAGGGCGAUCCUCUACCUCCGCGAGCAUCACGUCGACGACGCCGACUGGUUCUUGAAGGCGGACGACGACACUUACGUGCUGGUGGACAACCUCCGCCUCUUGCUGAGCGGUCACUCGGCCCGAAGUCCCGUCUACUUUGGCCGUCGCUUCAAGGACCGACACAACAGGAGCUUCAUGAGCGGUGGAGCCGGCUACGUGCUCAGCAGGGCCGCCCUCGUGCUGGCUGCAGACGGCUUCGGGUCAGGUCAAUGCGGGCAGGUCAGCCUGGCCGAGGACGUGGCCAUUGGGGCGUGCUUGGAGAAGGUCGGCGUGGCCUUUGGCGACUCGAGGGACUCGGCCGGCCGCGAGACCUUCCACCCGUUUGUGCCCGAAAAGCUCCUGGUGCGUGACUUCAUCUCCAACAACUCUUGGUACUGGAGGUAUUGCUACCACCGGGCCGUGAGAGGUCCCCAGUGCUGUUCGGACUACCCCGUGUCUUUCCAUUACGUGAGGCCGAGCUACAUGCACGUUCUCGAGUACCUGGUGCAUCGCCUUCGGCCGUACGGCUACGCGUAUCGCUACACGGCGGAGUUGCCCGACGAUCCUGAAGACGUUUGACCGAACUCGAAAACGAUGUCAAAAGCCGCGACGUUCAGUUCUGCAACGGCCCAGAGGACCAUUUUUUUGUGUUUUGCUGACCAACAGAGCACGUUGAACAAACGGUUCUUGAAAACGUAGCACGGAGGACGGGGCGACACGUUUUUAUUACACGAUUUUUUUAUUAUUACACGCCUUUUUUAUUAUUAGACGCUUUCUAUUAACUCCCUCUGUUGUUGUUGUUAUAUCCUCAAAUCUUGUAACUCAAUUUUAACCCACUUCC